CAGCGGCGGCCCGGCGUCUGCGCCCUCGGCCCGCGGGGACUUUUCUCGCGCUGGUGGGCUUGACGCGCGGCUAUGGCGUGGAAGUCGAAUUUUCCUCUGCUUCUCUUUCCACUCCUGCUCUGCCCGGUCCUAGUGCGCGGCUCCAGCCCUCUGCCCCUGGUCCUCAAUACGUGGCCUUUUAAGAAUGCUACCGAAGCAGCAUGGCGGACAUUAACAUCUGGAGGUUCUACCCUGGAUGCAGUUGAGAAUGGCUGUGCGAUGUGUGAGAGAGAGCAGUGUGAUGGCUCUGUAGGCUUUGGAGGAAGUCCUGAUGAACUUGGGGAAACCACACUGGACGCUAUGAUCAUGGAUGGCACUACUAUGGACGUGGGAGCAGUAGGAGAUCUUAGACGAAUUAAAAAUGCAAUUGGUGUGGCACGGAAAGUACUGGAACAUACAACACACACACUUUUAGUAGGAGAGUCAGCCACCAAGUUUGCUGAAAGUAUGGGGUUUAUCAAUGAGGAUUUAUCUACCACUGCUUCUCAGGCUCUUCAUUCAGAUUGGCUUUCUCGGAAUUGCCAGCCAAAUUAUUGGAGAAAUGUUAUACCAGAUCCUUCAAAAUACUGUGGACCCUACAAACCACCUUGUAUCUUAAAGCAAGAAGAUCCUGCCUAUAAUGAAGCAGGAGGUGAUCAUGGUCAUGACACUAUUGGCAUGGUUGUAAUCCAUAAGAUGGGACGUACUGCUGCUGGUACAUCUACAAAUGGUUUAAAAUUCAAAAUACAUGGUCGUGUAGGAGAUUCACCAAUACCUGGAGCUGGGGCCUAUGCUGAUGAUACAGCAGGAGCAGCUGCAGCAACUGGGGAUGGUGACAUAUUGCUACGCUUUCUACCAAGUUACCAAGCUGUAGAAUACAUGAGAGUAGGAGAAGACCCAACCAUAGCUUGCCAAAAAGUGAUUUCAAGAAUUCAGAAGUAUUACCCAAGAUUCUUUGGGGCUGUUAUAUGUGCCAAUGUGACUGGAAAUUAUGGUGCUGCUUGCAAUAAACUUCCAACAUUUACUCAAUUUAGUUUCAUGGUUUAUGAUUCUCUACAUAAUCAACCAAUUGAGGAAAAAGUAGAGUGCAUCUAAUCCAUUCCUUUCUGUUAAUGUCUGUAUUUAAAAAA